AUGAACGUUUCUCGAGCGACUCUUGGGCGAGCUGUUGUUCGCUCCCAAGCUCGUCAGCCUCUCACUAUAUCUCGGCGCCAAUGGGUUCGCUACGCCCACGAUCAUGGCAGCGAGUAUUCUCAACCUCCUCGCAACCGCAGUGGUAAAAUCAUUAGUUUUGCAGCCGUCUUUGGUCUUGCUGCUGCUGGAGCCUACUUUUAUCCCAUAUUGACCGGAAAGUCUUCAUCACCCGCUGAAGUCGAGAAGAACGAAGUUCCUACUAAGGCUGAACUCGAGUUUGAGAAGCCUCGCAAGAAGGUCAAGUCCAAAGAAGAGAACCGAGAUCUUAUCAGCUCCCAGCAUCUCCAAGUUAAGAAUAGCUGGGAGCAUCCUGGGGUUUAUGCCUGGGGCUCCAAUGUUGGAAAGGUCAUCGAUCCAAACUCCAGUGAGAAAUAUGUCAAAGUACCUCGGAGAAUUUCUUACUUUGAUGACAAGGUUCUCAGGGAUCUCAAGCUGACAUCCAUCUUCGGUGCAGCUGUCACUGAGAAGGGUGAUUUGGUUCAAUGGGGCUUGGGCUACAACCAGCAGGACCCUUCGCCUGUGCCUACACUUACAGGCAAAGAUCUUGUCAAAAUUGAUGCUUCGCUUGAUCGAAUCAUUGCUCUGUCACGCAGCGGCAAUGUAUAUUCUAUCCCUGCGUCUCGCAACGAACAAGAGGGUGGUCUCAAAGAAGAACAGAAAAAGUCCUCCUGGUCUAUAUGGGGAUCUGGUGGUGCCCGAGAGAACAUACAUUUCCGCAAUUUGACACCACCUGGUCUAUCAUAUGGUGAAACCGUGAAGGACAUCAGCAGCGGCCAGGAGCAUUGUCUCAUGCUCACCUCCAAAGGACGUGUCUUCUCUGCUGCUGCUAGUGCUCUCGAGUUUCCUUCCAAGGGGCAGAUGGGUAUUGCAGGUUUGAAUUGGCAUAACAGGCCCAAGGGACCUUACGACCAACCUCAUGAAAUCACAACUCUAAAGGGAUUCGACGUGGCACAGAUUGCAACUGGCGAUUACCACUCGGCUGUUCUUGAUAAAACUGGACGUAUUUUUGGAUUUGGUGACAACUCAUUCGGCCAGCUUGGGAUCGAUACCGACUUUGGCCUUUCGGUUUCUGACACCCCUGUAAUGGUUCCUACCAACCUGUCUUACGCGGGCACUGGGCUUGUCCCGACGGUAACGUCCAUAGCGGCAGGUGGGAACAAUACUUUCUUCACUGUGGAUGCGAAGGCCACGACAGUUCCUGGCAACACAAAGGCUGCGCCAGCGAGAAGGCUUCCUCCUGUGACUACAGAUCUGUGGGCUUGCGGCCAAGGAGUGUACGGGACACUGGGCACUGGUCGAUGGUCACACGUCUCGCCCAAGCCGACCAAGGUGAAGGGUCUGUCGUCCCUGUUCGAGUUUGACGAGAAAACCAACAAGAUGAGCCCCAUUAAACUCAAGUCUCUGUCAGUUGGGGCCACUCACUGCUCGGCUGUCAUGGACAAUGUCACCGAAGUCUCGGUCACGGGUCAAGGGACCGAGAACGAGACCAACUGGGGAGCAGACGUCGUAUUCUGGGGUGGCAAUGAGCACUAUCAGCUUGGCACCGGAAAACGAACCAACUUGAACGCUCCAGCUUAUAUUGCCGCUCUGGACAGCGCAGCCGAUGCUCGUAAGGAGGGCUCACCAGACUUCCACCGGCUGUCUGUGACUCCUCGCAAGACAAUCCGUCUGGACGGUGGAAAGGGCCGAAAGGUCUCAUUGGAACAAAAGAUUGAGUGUGGCAAGUACGUGACUGGCAUCUACUCUGCCGUGUGA